CUCUCCCCUCUUCUGCUCAUAGGGCAUCAGAGCACGGAUUUUGGAAACCCUUGUAAUGCUCAUUCUUCUUGCACUGCUUAUCCUUGGAAUCGUAUGGGUGGCUUCAGCACUCAUAGACAACGAUGCUGCCAGUAUGGAGUCUUUAUAUGACCUCUGGGAAUUCUACCUCCCGUAUUUAUAUUCCUGUAUAUCACUGAUGGGAUGCUUGUUACUUCUGUUGUGCACGCCAGUGGGGCUCUCACGGAUGUUUACAGUAAUGGGUCAAUUGCUGGUGAAGCCGACAAUCCUGGAAGACCUAGAUGAGCAGAUGUAUAUCAUCACUUUAGAGGAAGAAGCAAUUCAGAGGAAGCUUAAUGGUAUGUAGGCUAUACCUGUAAUGGUACUGCUUCAGAUG